UGUCAGCUGGAUCCUCAGUCGAGAGUUUCUGUGAGUCGAGAUCAGACACAGCUGAUGCCUCUCAUAAUGGUUCUUUGUGAUAGCGUAGCCUAUAGGAUACAUUUAAUAGGUCUACGUAAAGUAGCCUAUAUGGAGUAGCCUAGUCGGAUACAACUUUAUUUCGAGUCAAAUGGAAAUGGAAAGUUACAAAUCAAAACUGCAAAGUGAUGUGGAUUAUUUCUCCGCUGGAUUCCUUGCUGUUGUUGCUACAGUAUCAGGCCUGGGGAACACUCUACUGCUCACCACGUUACUGAGAAGAUUUUCCACACUUAAAGCGCCAGAGCUCCUGUACAUCAACCUGUCUCUAUGCGACUUAGUGGCAGUCAUCUGCAUGUACCCGCUGUGCAUAGUUUCUGCCUUAAAUCAUGGCUGGAUGGGUGGGGAAUGGACCUGUACUUACUAUGGACUAAUAGGAUGUAUGCACGCGGGAGCCCAUAUCAUGACACUCACGUUCCUGGCUGUUGUUCGGUGCAUUAUUUCAUUCAAUGCUUAUCGUCCCAGGAAGUUUCUGACUAGGAAGAAGGUCUUCAACAUCGUCCUCCUCAUUUGGAUGCAUGCUGGUUUGUGGGCGUUGAUGCCGCUGUGGGGCUGGGGGAAGUACGGUCCAGAGGUCCACGGUCUGUCCUGCUCUCUGGCGUGGGGUGAGCUGUGCGAGGCCGGCGGCCUGUCCUUCAUCUUCAGCAGCUUCGCCACCACGCUGAUCAUCCCCGCGGUGGUCAUUGUGACCUGUUACACUUGCAUCGCCGUCAGGCUGCACCUCCAGUACAAAAGCAUGGAGAGCCGAAGGAGGAUGUCCAGGCGAUUGCGAGUGGUCCGGAGAGUCGUUUUGAUUGCAGUGCUCAUGAGUGCGGGCUUCCUCACUGCCUGGCUGCCAUAUGCAACAGUCAGCUUCUGGUUGAUCUUUAACCCGACGUCGACACUCCAUCCGGUGAUCUCCCUGCUCCCCAGCCUCUUCGCCAAGAGCUCAGCCGCCUACAACCCCAUCAUCAUCUCCAUCAUGUGCUUGCGCUUCCGCAGCGACGUCAAGCAGCUGCUGGCUGAUAUCUGCUCAGGUGGCAAAGCAGACGUGGCUUUGGCUGAAAGACCUAACGUAAGUAUCAGAGAAAGCUCAGCCCCUGCAGCCACUGAGCUCCCAGUGACCAGUUGCUAGCAUAUGGGUGCAGUUACGCAAGUGUACAAGUUGUAGACAUGGUUUAACAAUACUGUUAAGUAAGAAUGUUUCAGAUGUGACAUUUUUUAUAGGAAACCAAAAAUGCCUAAAUACAUUUCACUACUUUCAUCAACAAUAUUUUUAAACAAUGGGUUAUGUGUAUGUGUCACGUCAUCCUGGAUUGUAUGUGUCACGUCAUCCUGUGAUUGUCUGUUUAAGGCAAUCUUUGUAACAUGUCUGAGUGUGUCAUGUCUGAGUGUGGUCAUUAUUCAGUUCACAGAGCACUCUUCGGGGUGAGUACUAUGGUCAGUUUUGUCAUAUUCCUGUUUGCUUGUGUUUAUGUAAAGCCCAUUGAAUGGCCUCUGUGUAUGAAAUGCGCUAUAGUAAAUAAAGUUGACUUGACUUGACUUAUAUAUGGAAACAAUAAGAAUAAAAAAUGAUAAUCAGAGUUGGGUGUAACGCGUUAGGCUACAAAGUAAAGAGCGGGCAUAUCAAUAACAGCGUCCAUAGAAACGUUUCAACGCAGUAACGCAAAAGUAAUGUAACGUGUUACUUUCCAUAGAGAGUAAAAAAGUAAUGUAAGGGAUUACAUUUUUUUUACAGUAGCGAGUAAUGUGUAAUACAUUACAUUUUUUGAGUAAUGACCCCAACACUGAUUAUAAU